AUGGCGGCCGAAAUUCCGUUAGUGAAUGGUACAAACAGUUUUUGUGUAACGGCAUACUCGAAGCAACGGUAUGAGCAGAGUAUCUCGUUUUAUUCUAAUUUGCUACUCAUGGAACUAGCUUCCAGGGGUGAAAGUAGCACGAUUUUGACUAAUUAUGCGUUAUCCGUUGAAAUAGUGUAUAAUGAGGAUGCUGUGCGUGAUGAAGAGACGAAGGCGUUGUAUAAAGAAUUAAGCGAGGCGGUAACAACGGUUGAUUGGAGGGCAAAGUCGCCUUCAAUAGUGCUCUCUACUGUGGAUACAAUGAGGGUAAGGAAGCAGUUGGAUUUAUGUCAGUUGUAUCCUACGGAGCUAAAUCCGAUGGAGGUGUAUACUUUGGAUCCUCAAGGUAAUGUGAUUGGGUUUAUUAAGACUAAGAACGCGAUUUCAACGAUGCCUAGUGGACCGAACAUGAAGGUGUUGAUGAGCAAAAGUCGCCUUGGUUCGAAGCCAAUGUCGUCGGUGGCGUCUUCUACAGAUUUGAGGUCUGGGGUGUUAGAUACAAGUGAGACUUAUCCUUCACUGCCUAGGAAAAUAGGCGAUAAACCUGGCAAGGCGAUUGCUGUGAUGACAUCCGGUGGAGAUUCUCCGGGAAUGAAUGCCAAUGUGCGUGCUAUUGUUAGAACAGCUAUCUUUAAGGGAUGUCGUGCGUUUACCGUUAUGGAGGGAUAUGAGGGGUUAGUGCGUGGAGGUCCUAAGUAUAUUAAGGAAUGCACAUGGGAGGAUGUGAGGGGCUGGUCAACUGAAGGUGGAACGAAUAUUGGUACUGCACGUUGUAUGGCGUUCCGGGAGCGCGCGGGUAGAUUGCUUGGCGCUCAGCAUUUGAUUGAGGCAGGUGUUGAUGCUUUAAUUGUUUGCGGUGGUGACGGUUCAUUGACAGGUGCAGACCUUUUCAGAUCAGAAUGGCCGUCCUUAAUUAAGGAAUUGUUGGCACAGGGGAAGAUCAGUGAAGAGCAAGUUAAGAAGUAUCAACAUUUGAACAUCUGUGGUACUGUUGGUUCUAUAGAUAAUGAUAUGUCCACCACGGACGCUACAAUCGGUGCUUAUUCUUCAUUGGAUCGUAUUUGCAAGGCCAUUGAUUAUAUUGAGGCGACAGCUAAUUCUCACUCUAGAGCUUUCGUUGUUGAAGUCAUGGGUAGAAAUUGUGGUUGGUUGGCGCUUAUGGCUGGUAUUGCUACCUCUGCUGAUUAUAUUUUGAUUCCAGAAAAGCCUGCCUCGUCGCGUGAAUGGCAAGAUCAAAUGUGCGAUGUGGUUAGCAAACACAGAUCUCGUGGCAAGAGGACAACUAUCGUAAUCGUAGCUGAGGGUGCUAUUGCUGCUGAUCUCACUCCAGUUUCGCCAAAGGAUGUACACAAGGUGCUGGUAGAAAGAUUGGGCUUGGAUACAAGAAUCACAACGUUAGGCCACGUUCAAAGAGGUGGUACUGCUGUCGCGUUUGAUCGUAUAUUAGCCACUUUGCAGGGUGUUGAAGCUGUAAAUGCUGUACUAGAGUCUACUCCAAACACACCAUCUCCUUUAAUUGCUAUCAAUGAAAACCAAAUUACCAGAAAGCCAUUAAGGGAGUCAGUUGCUUUGACUAAGUCAGUUGCUGAUGCAAUCAAGACCAAAGAUUUUAAGAAAGCAAUGGAGUUGAGAGAUUCUGAAUUCGUUGAACACUUGAACAAUUUUAUGGCUAUCAAUUCGGCAGAUCAUAACCCUCCUAAGUUAGAUGCAGACCAAGCGUUGAAAAUUGCCGUAGUAAAUGUUGGUGCUCCUGCAGGUGGUAUAAACUCCGUUGUUUACUCCAUGGCUGCCUACUGUAUGUCUCAAGGCCAUAUUCCUUAUGCUAUCUACAACGGGUGGACAGGAUUGGCAAGACAUGAGUCUGUUCGUACCUUAAAUUGGAAAGAUAUGCUAGGCUGGCAGUCUCGUGGAGGUUCUGAGUUGGGUACCAAUAGAGCUACCCCUGAAGAUUCUGAUAUAGGUAUGAUUGCGUACUAUUUCCAAAAAUACAAGUUUGAUGGUUUGAUUAUUGUAGGCGGAUUUGAAGCGUUCAUUUCCCUCAAUGAGUUGGAAAAGGCUAGAGACAGUUAUCCGGCCUUCAGAAUUCCAAUGGUUUUAAUUCCUGCAACUCUUUCCAAUAAUGUUCCUGGCACCGAGUAUUCAUUGGGUUCUGACACAGCUUUAAACGCAUUAAUGCAGUACUGUGAUGUAGUCAAGCAGUCUGCCGCUUCUACCCGAGGCAGAGCGUUUGUCGUUGAUGUCCAAGGUGGUAAUUCUGGCUAUUUAGCCACCCAAGCUGCCCUCGCGGUCGGUGCUCAAAUAUCCUACGUUCCAGAAGAAGGUAUUUCAUUGGAGCAAUUAUCUCAGGAUAUCGAAACUCUACGGGAAUCCUUUGAUAGAGCCCACGGCAGAGGUAAAUUUGGUAAGUUGAUCCUGAAGUCCACCAAUGCCUCUAAGGUGUUCACCACCAAAACCUUGGCUGAUGUCAUCACUGCUGAGGCGAAUGGCCAUUUUGACGCAAAACCUGCCGUUCCAGGUCAUGUUCAACAGGGUGGAUUGCCAUCACCAAUAGACAGAACGAGAGGUACCAGGUUAGCCAUCAGAGCAGUGGGUUUCAUCGAAUCUCGUCAACACAUCAUGAAAACUAAAAAAUUCGAUGAAGACAACUUCGACGUAAAUGAUAAAACUAUUUCCGAAACAGCUGCAGUUUUAGGUAUUAAGGGAUCCCAUAUCAGGUUUACUUCUGUUAGACAUUUGUUUGACACUGAGACCGAAUUUUCUAAGAGAAUGCCAAAGUCAAUCCACUGGGAAGGUACUAGGGCUAUCGCAGACCACUUAGAAGGUAGAAAGAAAGUCGCAGCAUCAUGA